UUCGAAUAGGGGAUCGGAAUAAUCUGAAAUUCGUGAGUCAUUAGAAUGGCUCGACGCACAAUUCAUGUACGUAAAAUGGAUUCAUCCACCGUUGCAAGUUACACACGCAUGCACAAACAAACCCUAUCAUCUUUCGUUCGCUUCUAAUUCUCCUCCCAUUCCUCCCUCCCACCACAAACCCUAUUCCCCCAACCCCGUCGCUACAACAAUGGCUGAGCUUCUACAGACUGCCGUGGAAGGUCUGAUCGGUGAGAGGAAGAGGAUUUCCACCAGGGUGAACUCGCUUUCUACUUACCGUACUAGCGUCAUGAAUCUGGAAGCAGGCAUCGGCUCCGCAUCGAAGUUGUGCGAGUUGCAGAUGUGUAUCGCUAUGGUUGCAAGGGACAUCAAUGUCGACAUAGAAUCCUUCGAAGGCUACAAAAGGUUUAUCUGCACAGGGUUAAUCAACUGCACCCGCUUUGCGAGGAGUUUGUUUGAAUUGAUGCCCGAUGAUCUGGAGCUAGACCUACCGAUGGCCUCGUCCGAAUUCCUUUUGGGGACCGAUGACCGGCUCCCCGUGUUGACCGACCUUGCGAGAAGAGGAAUUGAAGAGAUGCCGAAGCUGGAGGCAGAGGAGGCGGAGCCAGAGGACCGGCUUGUCAAGGACACGGCCUCUUUGAUCACCCACUUCAAGAACAUGAACAGUAUACUGAUGUCCAUCAAGAAAAACGCUGCAGCAGGGGAGACCAGCUCACAGAAAGGCUUGGAGGAGUCGUACAAAGGGGAAUUGUUUGCCUUUGAAGCCGGAAAGGUCAGGAUCGUCCAGACAAUGCUUAAACUGAGCGAUGCCUUGAUCAAAGAGAUCGAGCCCCAGCGGGAGUUGUCACGAGCCGAAAGGUCUAUGUCCGUGACAGAGUUUAUGGAGCCGUUGAAGGAGAUGCUCGACCUUCCUUCCAAAGAGAUCCCUCUUGACCUUCCCCCUUUGUAAAGAGCUCAGGGUUGCGUGCCCUGAGCUUUUCUGAUCAGCACACCGUUUGAUCGAAUGAUGAUCUGUAAGUACUACUUAGCCACUUCCCAUUCCCAAUAACAUGUGAUGUGAUGUGAUGUGAUGAGUGAUGAUUUCGAUCGAGUAUGUUGAAUUUUAUUGAACCUUAGUUGGAUUGUUGUUGAACAUAACCUCUCGCGGCUGAAGGCUUUGAUACCAUGCAUUUUUUUAGCCAACCGGUAGAAUGAAGGGAACAAGUUGCUGCAGCACUGUACAACUUGCUGAGUUUCUGAAAGUUGUAAGCUUUUUUUAAUGCGUUGAAUGCUUGAAUGAGGAAAGUCUGCUCCCGCCGUAGACACCAUGUUUUGCACACUUUGCACAAACCUUAAUGAAGUAAAGAGGUCUAU